UUUUGACAGCGUCAAUUUUAUUAAACUUUGCAAAUUUUACAAUUUUUCCGGUGCACGGAAAAAUAAAAAACUCUUUUUCUAAAACAAAUAACUUAUUCAUAAAAAAACAAAAUGUUAAAAAUGAAAUUAGAAGCCUUGGAGCACCCAAGUCCAGAUUCUGUUGAUGCUCAAAAUCGAAAUGUUUUUGCCAGCACAGUCCUUUGGUUAGAAGAUCAAAAAAUCCGACAAUACAAAAUAGAAGAUCGUGUUAAUUUACGUAAAGUUGACAAUUUGCCAGAAUGGGAAAAGGCAUAUCAACAUUAUAAAAUUGAUGUCGGCAUUCCCAAGUUCGAUUCUCCAUUAGAAGAAUUGUCAUGGUUGCUAAGCUAUGCCGUUCGAUUAGAAUUCUUAGAUGCUCCAGAAAAUUAUCAGGACAUCAAUUCGAAGAAUAUUUUAGAACGAGAUAGUAAAUCGGUGGCACCAAGCAUUAAAGCUGAAAAUUUAUUCGAUAAUAUUGAUUUUCAACAUAAAGAUUUCAUAAGUGGAGUUCGUGCGAUGGCUAAGAAACUGCAAAUUGCCCAUCAUCCCAAUCAUUUGAUACAGUUAGAAGCUAUUGUUCGUAUUGUACAUGAACGACUUGCACCAGAGGUAAGAAAACGAGCUGCAAUAACGGGAACACCUUUUCCAUUUUCUCAAGGCAAUGAUAAAGUAGCUGAUGAUCCAGCACUGGAUUAUGCUGUUCGUAUUCUUCGAUUGCUUCAAAUACAAAGUUUGCGUCAGUUGCAAACUUUAAUUAAUGAGACUAUUGUUUGCGUUCAAGAUCUAACUGCUAAUCCCAAAACCGAUACCAAGUUGGGAAAAGUUGGAUUUUAGACGAAGAAAUUAUAAAUUAUCUCAUUUUCAGUUCUAAGUAAAACAAAUAAGGUUGAUGUACGUGAACUAUGACAUCGUUCGGUACAAUCGUCAUCUGAGCUUAAUAAAGUUUAGUCAGUUAAUUUCUCAUCGAAAUUAACUUAAAAAUAA